CAUGACUCGUACUCCACCUGUCCCUCCUCUUGUCCUGGUGACCUGACGUGGUACCGGGGAAUGAAGGGCGUGACCUGUAGAGUUCCCACCGUAGUCGUGAUGUACCGGGCCACUGUCUAGUUCAGUGGUUCCAUAACUUUUCUGCUGCAGACAUGGACAUUGUUGCUGCCUUCUCCACCUACGGGUCAUGUGUGGAACGUGAGGCAGAGCUGCGGGAGGGAGUGCAGGGAGCCGUGAAGGACCUGGAGAAGACGUCAUAUGCAAUCAGCACCACCCUGGAGAAGAUACACAACACUCAGGGCAUUCAGAAUAUAGAUGCUAUAUGUACAGAGUGCCACCAGGAGCUGACAAAGGUGCCAGCCCUCUACCAGGCUCUGCAGGAAAAGGUGCCUCCAGGAGAGUUUUACCGCUACCAUCAUAACUUCCGUGGCACCACACACCGCCUGGUGGCCGCCACCUGCCUCAUCACCUAUCUGGAAGAGAACAGGCUACCUAUGCAUGAGGAGGUGGCCAAGUCCCUGGGCCUUUGUACUCAUAGGGACCAAGGUUUUCAUUUGGACCUGGAGGACUACCUGCAGGGCACCCUCAGCAUCAGCCAUGAACUCUCCAGACUGGCAAUCAAUUCUGUCACAGCAGGAGACUACUCUCGGCCAUUUCAAAUAAGGCAAUUCCUGCGUGACCUGCAUGCUGCGUAUUCCCUUCUGUUCCCUAAGAAUGAGCUGCGGAAAAAGUUUGAUGAAUUGAAAUACUCGCUGAAAAAGACGGAGGAAGUGGUGUACAAUCUUUCCUUGCGGGGCCUGAAGCCUCAAGAAAUGGAGACCUCUGGCUAAUUCAGUUGUAUUCCUUACUAUGAUUGAUAACUAUGUAAGAUAAUUUUAUAUGUAUUGUUUCUCAAUAUUAAUACUAGAAUGAAAUUUGUUAUCUGAAGUGAAUAAGUUAUUAGUUUUCUUUGUAUUUUGCUACUUUUGGGAGAGCUGUCCAUCUCACAGACAGCAAUGUUACAUUCCUUCCCUCAUGACUUGUUUCAAGUCUGAGGAAGAGAAGAAUUUGAAAUGAUUUAAAAUAACAGCAGAAAAAAAUAUUUGCGUUGUUUUCUAUAAAUGCUGUAUUGACCUUUUGAGAAUCUCUUGUGUCAUGGUCUAGGGAUAUAUUAAAAACAUAUUUUGUUGUUGUUCCAAGGGUCAUUGGAGCUAAUUUCACUACUCUAGAUUAAGUAGGAGUGCUCUAUUAUCAGCUUGCCUUGAUGGUGGUUAGUUUUGGAGAUACAUGUGCAGUAGAGAUGGAUGAAGUUACAGCUUGACACUCCUCAAUUACUACAUGCAACUAGUCUAUUCUGUCCAAGGUAUAUUUAGUAGCUAUAAGAUAAAAAAAAAGUUGAGUUGCACCAUAGCAAAAUAAUUGUGUGUGUGUGUGUGUGUGUGUGUGUGUGUGUGUGUGUGUGUGAGAGGAAGAGUGUAGAGUGUGAAUUUGUUCAGUGGAGGAUCAAAUAUCAACUGCACAUUACUAAGUGUUCAUAAACUGGAUGAGGCUGAGGUGGUUGUAAAUUUACCUCCCCCCAUCUCUCUCUCUCUCUCUCUCUCUCUCUCUCUCUCUCUCUCUCUCUCUCUCUCUCUCUCUCUCUCUCUCUCUCUCUCUCUCUCUCUCUCUCUCUCUCUCAUUACAGGUUCAUUUGUGUUUUUUUUCUUUUUUUUAGAAAACUUGUUCAUUAUGCAAUGUAUUUAAUUUGUAUGAACUUAUUUUACAUGUUUAUAUGAAAUGUAAGAAGUAAACCUGCAUUCUAUUUUAUUUAAUGUUACUUUUGUACUGAAAUGUAUGUAGCACUAAAUAUACCCCUACCCCAUGUGUAGGGAAGCACAGUCUAGUCAAUCACAAUACAUUGUGUCAACCAUAUUUUAGUUCAUUGCUCUCUCUCCUUCAUCAGAUAUUACUACAACUGAAAUUUGUUCUAUUCUUAUGUCCUAUCACUGGAUAACCACAGUCAACACUUGUAUAGCCUGCACUACAUGUCUGAAUAGUGUCAGCAUCAUCACUUUAAGCUUUAGUAAUAAUAGUGUUCAGUGUUGGAGUCAUGGAAAUGCCUUAUUGAAUCUGGUCCAAGUUAAUUGUUGCAUAUACUGAGAGUCUCACAUGUCAUGAUGUUUUUGUGUACUGCUGUAUGUAAACCAACAUCUACAUCAGGUUUUGUCAUUUACUUGUAUGUCGUGUUCUGUAUUUUAAAAUAAUUAUUGUGAAUUUUAUCAGUCCACUCACUGCCUUGUUUUAGUUACAGUGUAUCUAUUUUUUUUUAUUAUUAUAUCUAAUAAUAAGGCAUAUGCCAUGAAGUAUUGCCUUAGCAUUUGCCUCCAUCCUAAGAGUUGCUAAAAGGUACCACAACUGUCAUCUAGAUAAACUAUUGUGCACUGGUGCUUGUCAAGGUUCAUACAACUAAUUUCAAAGUAAUGUGGUGUCUCAUAGCUCUACCAUAAGUUUCUUGUAUAGUAUUGAUUAUUACAUCAAUAUAUUUCAACCUAUAUGAAGGUAAAUGAUGUGCUGAUAAAGUGGCUAUUAAAUUCUGGAAGUGCAGUGCACUAGAGAAACUGGAAUAUUGGCUUUGGAAACGGGUAAAAUACCAUAUCAGAUUCUCAUAUUUGCUAACUACAAACACACUGACAUAUGAUCAUAAAAAUUGUUUGUAAUAAUCUCAAUUUUUAACAAGUGACUGAAAUGUGUGAUUUAUCUCAAAACUACUAAGUUUUAGUGAAUAAUACACCAUUACAAUUAAGUUGUUUUACAUUAUGAAUUUCCUCCAUAUAAAUUGUCAAGUAUUUAUGUAAUGGGUAACUAAAAGUUGUAUAUAAUUAUGGAAUAAAAUGUGAAAAUAUG